AGCAACCAACUGUAGCGACGCAGCGAUCAGACAGACCUGAAAUAACCAGCUGGAGUUUAAUAAUCUGACGGAGGAUCUCAUCAUCCAACAGCAACAUCAUGAAGAGCUUUCUUCUACUCAUCCUCUCACUGAUGAUAACAGGCUGGGAGGCCUCAUCUGAAGUGAAGGGAUGCACAGACGGAUGGGUGGAAUUCACCUGCAAAUAUCCAAAAAAUAACACAUAUUCAAGUGUUGAUGUAGUUAAGGACAACCAAACAAUCAUAGAAACUACUCAAAAGAAUGUGAGACAGACCAAGGGCAGAUUUUCUGUGUACAAUGACGGAAAAAAUAAAAGUCUCAGAGUGGUUAUCAAACCACUUCAACAAGAGGACUCCGGGGAGUACGAGUGUAAAUUUGACCAAGAAUCUGACCCUGCCAAUGAAGUGGACUUAAGAGUUGAUGACGGCUGCCAGCCACAGUUUAAUCAAACUGCGUACAGAACAGCUAAAACCACCAUCUCAUGUGACAAAAGAAACAACUCCGGAGUCAUGUUUUUCUGCAAAGAGAACGGUUCAAUCUGUGAGGAUAUUUCAAACGGGUCCUUCACUCUCCCAGAGACCAGCAGUAGCUUCAACAUGUCCAUCAGUAAUGUGUCCUCACAGCAUGCUGGUGUCUACUGGUGUGGAGUGGAAACAAAUAAUGGAAGUAACAGAGCUGCACUCAGAAAAAUACAACUGGAGGUUGAAGAUAUUUCUAACUUCACUAGGUCUCCAACUGUUGGACAGAAUCUCACAUACUGGUGUACAUAUCCAGAGGGUACUCCGAUAAAAAAAUUCAUCUGUAAAGGAGAAGAUCCAUCUAUAUGUGAACAGAUAGUAAGCAAUGCAAAGAACAACUCUGGAAAGUUUUCUAUGAUGGAGGACGAUGAGAAGAGAAAUAUCACCAUAACAGUGAGAAACGUAACAACAGAAGACUCUGGGACAUACUGGUGUGGAGCAGAAAGAAAUGACCCAAAACAGAGCAACCCAUUCUUCAACAAACUUGUGAUGACUGUCGUUGCAGUGCCUCCAACAACACUGAGCCCCUCUACUAUCUCAACAUCACCUCAUCCAGUUCCUACAUCUGCUUCUUCCACCCAGUCGACCACUGCAUCUGCCCACAGCGAUGAUAGAAAAUCAUGGUCAUCACGUCAUGGGGCCUCCUCGUUACCUGGAACCAUAUCUGUGGUCGUCUGUGUGACUGUGCUGCUGGUGCUGCUCAUUAUGGUUCGCGUCUGGAAACGAUUUCAGCGUUCAGAAAACACAAGAACUGGAGAACAGAAAAAUGAGGAUGGUGCCUAUGAGGAGAUACAGGAGCGCCCCCAGAAGCCAGACUCAGGAACUGCACUCAACAAUAUUUAUGUCACAGCCAACGCUCCCACAAACCCCUCUGCCUCGCAGCAUUACUCCACGGUCAACUUUCCCAACAGCUCUGGAGAAGCUAGUGGUGACACAUAUUCUACUGUGUGGGACAGCGGCCAUUGUCCCGCCCAGUCUGCUGUCAAUCAUCCAUCCAGACUUCCUGAAGACCCUUUCUAUUCUACUGUCAACAAACCACAGCAGCACUGAGACCAGUCCUGACACUUAGUCACAGGGUUCACCAGGCCUCUAACCAGCACUACAGUUCAAUACAACAUGUCCAACUACCACCUCAAUAAGGACCACACAACUCAAUCAACACCUCUGAUCUAUAUUCAUCAGAGGUGUCAAGUAAAAAAGUUCAAAUACUUUGUUACCUUACUGAAGUAGACAUUUUUGGUAUUUAUACUUCACUGGAGUAAUUAUUUUACAGCAGACUUUUUACUUCUACUCCUUACAUUUUCACGCAAUUAUCUGUACUUUUUGCUCCUUACAUUUUAAAAAUAGCCUCUUUACUCCUAUAUAGACAACCAUACAAGGGUAAUUGUUACUAAGCCUGCCCUGCACCAAUUUUCUUGUAUAGUUUUGUUAUCCUACAUCCGUUGCCCUCACAGAUUCCUGCAGCUAAGCUUGGAUGAACAUUUACAUUCCAAUAAAGGCUAUAGAUAACAUGC